AGGCACGCAAAGUGUCCAUACCGAUUAUAUACUUCCUUCCUCUCGAUAUUCAUACAUCGAUGGCGAUGAUCGCGCUCUGGAUGCGCUCGCUGCGAGCGUAUACGCUCGGAUUAAGUUGAAUCUGAUCCGGUGGAUCGUAUUAGUGAACGAUAGUCAACUCGAGUGGUCGGGUGAUAUCGCCACCGGCGGCGGCAAACGUUGUUCUCUGUUGUAAAGGUUGAUGAGAAGCGGUGUGUGCCGAACAACACGCGACAUGGGUGGUGAUAAUAAUGGGCAGACGAGCAGAUAUCGACGCGGAGGUAGAUGCUCCUAUUAGCGAGCUUGAAGUGCUCGUCGCAUCGGAGGAGCGGGAGAGCGAAAGGGAUAUAUGCGGCAAGAGAUCUACGACGACGGGGAUGGAGUCACGGCAUCCGCGCAGGAAUCGCCUGCGUAACGUCGUUGGAAUAUGUCUCUUCCUCGCGCUGACUGGAAUUGUUUACCUGGGCUACUUUUGUCCGGAUCACGUGUGCGCUCUGACCAACCGUGAGAUCAAGGAGUCUGUCAGAUUAUCCGAGAGCCUAGCCGUCGCUGUCGUACCACCCGCUUCUGGCUCUGCCACAUUGUCUUCCGUGUCCAUCGAGUUUGACAGGAAUGGCCUGCUCUCGGUGCAUCCUGCCUUCAAGCUGCAGAACAACAUACAGGGCAGCUUAGGCUAUGACGAUGUCUUUGCCAACGACACUUUUCAGUUUGAUAUCAACGCGCACGAUGUUAUGGUUUUUCUGCAUAUACAAAAGACUGGUGGUACACUAUUUGGAAAACAUCUAGUGCGGGACUUAGAAUUGCAGAGAUCAUGCUCCUGUCAACGACGACGUAAGCGUUGUUUUUGUUUCCGUCCAAACCGUAAUGAAAAUUGGUUAUUCUCACGAUAUUCUACGGGCUGGAAAUGUGGGCUACAUGCAGAUUGGACUGAAUUGACGAAUUGUGUAGACACAGAACUGAAUAAAAUUGAAGGAGAAGGUAUUAAACGCCGUUACUUUUAUAUAACUAUCAUAAGAGAUCCUGUUGCAAGAUAUCUCUCCGAGUUCAGACAUGUGCAGAGAGGUGCUACAUGGAGAGGUGCUCGUCAUUGGUGUGGAGGUACUCAAGCAGAUAUACCCCAGUGUUAUGAUGGCCCCAAUUGGAAAGGUGUUACCCUAGAAGAGUUUAUGGAGUGUCCUUAUAAUUUGGCGAGAAAUCGUCAAACUAGAAUGCUGGCAGACUUAUCAAUAGUUGGCUGUUACAAUUCUACUCUCAGCAAAGCUGAUAGAGAUCGUCUGAUGUUAGCCAGUGCUAAACAUAACUUGCAAUUCAUGCCUUUCUUCAUGCUGACUGAGUAUCAAAAGGUGGGACAGUAUACCUUCGAAGAAACAUUUAAAAUGCGAUUUGCAGUCGCAUUUGAGCAACAUAAUGCUACACUUAGCGCAGCUACUAUGGCAACUCUCAGCAUGAAACAAUUAGAUGCCAUACGUAGACUUAAUAGCCUGGACUUGGAACUCUACGAGUUUGCAAAGAAUCUCGCUUUUCAAAGAUUUAAACGGCUUAGAGACCGUGAUCCACAUUUUGUACAACGAUUUCAACAUCUUGGUGAAUUACCAUCGAGACAAAGUGCCACAGAAUUUAAUUGGGAUUCUGUCAUUGAAGAUACCACGGAUAACGAAUAACAGUGUGAGUAUAUUAAGCAAUUGGCGUUUCGCAUUUGACGCUAAGCGUUAUUUUGGAUCUGAACAUCUCAGGGAUGUGUCCUUGAAACGGAAUACUUUAUGUAUAAAUCGGUAUACACUUAUUUGCGUAAAAUUUACCAAAA